UGUAGUUUUGUCUUAGAAGCUUUUCAUUUGCUGCCCCUUUAUCUAAAGCUUGUGUGUGGGGGAAGGUAAAUCCUGCUACACCGUCACUAACUCCACUUCCUGUCUGGCAGGCACUGGAUGUCUUUGAUUGUGUCUCUGUUACAUUAUAUUGCUGCAUUAUCCUCAGCCUGGUGCCCAUCAAACACUAGCCCACUAAUGUGAGUGAGCACAGUCCUGGGCUGCCACAACAUCAAACGGUGUGACACAAAAUGGCUGUGACGCUUCACACGGAUCUGGGGGAGAUCAAGAUCGAAUUGUUUUGUGAGAGAGCCCCGAAGGCCACUGAGAACUUCCUCGCUCUCUGUGCCAGUAACUAUUACAUCGGCUGCCUCUUCCACCGGAAUAUCAAGGGCUUCAUGGUCCAGACUGGGGAUCCUACAGGUACAGGAAAGGGAGGCCAGAGCAUUUGGGGCCGGAAGUUUGAAGAUGAAUAUAGCGAAUAUCUAAAGCACAGUGUUCGUGGAGUGGUCUCUAUGGCCAACAAUGGCCCCAACACUAACAGCUCUCAGUUCUUCAUUACAUACGGGAAGCAGCCGCAUCUGGAUAUGAAAUAUACAGUGUUUGGAAAAGUGAUCGAUGGCCUUGACACACUUGAUGAGCUGGAGAAGCUGCCGGUGCACGAGAAAUCCUUUCGCCCCCUCACCGAAGUGCGGAUUAAGGACGUCACAAUACAUGCCAACCCCUUUGCCCUCUAGCUUAUGAUUGGCUUAAAGAUGGCUUCACUCGUCAGAAUCCUGCAAAGUGACUUCUGGGGGUUUUGUGUUUGGAAUCUGCAAUUCAUUUGCAGCUGUGGGCCCAGUCAUGGGAUGGAUCACCUACGAGGAACCCAAUGUUGCUUCGGCAAUGUCUGACAUUAUCUACACCAGCAGCUUCUUACUGUCAGCCAUUGCUCCUAAAAGGAUAAGUGAACCUUUAAAAUAAGUGAAUGUAAAAUUGAUGAGGGGGUCUAUUCUAAGCACUUUU